CCCAGAGUACUCCGCGCGGGGGCAGCUCACUGGAGUUUGGUUCUCGAGGCGGCGGCAGCAAGCGGCGGCGGCUCCGGCAGCUCCUCCUCCUCCUCCUUUGGUGGCGGCGGCGGCCCGGGACCGAGACCCGGCCCCGGCUCCCCUCUCCGCCACCCCGCGCGCCCCCAACUCCCCCGGCGCCGUGGGGAACAUGCGGCUCCGGCUCCCGGAGGCCGGCGAGUGAGUGACCCCGUCCCCCGCCUCAGCCCGCCCGCCCGCUGGCCCGGCCGCAACCCCCCGCCUCGCCCAGGCAAUGACAGCGGCUCCGGCGUCUCCGCAGCAGAUCAGGGACCGGCUGCUGCAGGCCAUCGACCCCCAGAGCAACAUCCGGAACAUGGUGGCGGUGCUGGAAGUCAUCUCCAGCCUGGAGAAAUACCCCAUUACCAAAGAGGCACUUGAGGAAACACGGCUUGGGAAGCUCAUCAACGACGUCCGCAAGAAAACCAAGAACGAGGAGCUCGCCAAGCGGGCCAAGAAACUGCUGCGGAGCUGGCAGAAGCUCAUCGAGCCAGCGCACCAGCAUGAGGUGGCACUGCGGGGGCUGGCAGGGGCCACUGGCUCUGCUAACGGGGGCGCGCACAACUGCCGGCCAGAGGUGGGGGCGGCUGGCCCGCCCAGGAGCAUCCACGACCUGAAAAGCCGCAACGACCUCCAGAGGCUGCCUGGGCAGCGGCUGGACAGGCUGGGCAGCCGCAAGCGCCGGGGUGACCAGCGUGACCUUGGCCACCCGGGGCCGCCACCCAAGGUCUCCAAAGCUACACAUGACCCCCUGGUCCCCAACUCAUCCCCCCUCCCCACCAAUGGGAUCAGUGGGAGCCCAGAGAGUUUCCCCGGCUCCCUGGAUGGCAGCGGGCAUGCUGGCCCAGAGGGCAGCCGCCUGGAACGUGGUGAGAACGACAAGCACAGUGGCAAGAUCCCCAUCAACGCCGUGCGACCGCACACCAGCUCCCCAGGCCUGAGCAAACCCCCUGGGCCCUGCUUGCAGGCAAAGGCUUCGGUGCUGCAGCAGUUGGACAGGGUGGACGAGACUCCAGGGCCUCCCCACCCCAAGGGGCCCCCUCGCUGCUCUUUCAGUCCUCGGAACUCACGGCAUGAGGGCUCCUUCGCCCGGCAGCAGAAUUUAUAUGCACCUAAGGGCUCUGUGCCCAGCCCCUCACCACGGCCCCAGGCACUUGAUGCCACACAGGUGCCGUCACCGCUUCCACUGGCACAGCCGUCCACACCCCCUGUGCGGCGGCUCGAGCUGCUGUCCAGCUCGGAAAGCCCAGUAUGCUGGCUUGAGCAGCCUGAGAGCCACCAGCGGCUGGCGGGGCCAGGCUGCAAGGCCGGGCUAUCCCCGGCCGAGCCCCUCCUGUCCCGGGCAGGCUUCUCCCCAGACUCCUCCAAGGCGGACAGUGACGCUGCCUCCUCUGGGGGCUCGGACAGUAAAAAGAAGAAGAGGUACCGGCCUCGAGACUACACAGUUAACUUGGACGGGCAGGUGGCCGAGGCGGGCGUCAAGCCUGUCCGGUUAAAAGAGCGGAAGCUCACCUUUGACCCCAUGACAAGACAGAUCAAACCUCUGACCCAGAAAGAGCCAGUGCCGGCAGACAGCCCUGUGCACAUGGAGCAGCCGUCCAGGACAGAGCUGGACAAGCAGGAGGCCAAGGCCAGCCUCCAGAGCCCCUUCGAACAGACGAACUGGAAGGAGCUGUCACGCAAUGAGAUCAUCCAGUCCUACCUGAGCCGGCAGAGCAGCCUGCUCUCAUCGUCGGGCGCACAGACCCCAGGGGCUCACCACUUCAUGUCUGAGUACCUGAAGCAGGAGGAGAGCACCCGGCGAGGGGCCAGGCAGCUGCACGUGCUGGUGCCUCAAAGCCCGCCCACGGACCUCCCUGGGCUGACCCGGGAGGUCACACAGGACGAUCUCAACAGAAUCCAGGCCAGCCAGUGGCCAGGGGUGAACGGGUGUCAGGACACACAGGGUAACUGGUAUGACUGGACGCAGUGCAUAUCGCUCGAUCCGCACGGCGACGACGGGCGCUUGAACAUUCUGCCUUAUGUCUGCUUGGACUGACCGGCCCGUCAGCCACGAAGUGCAUUCCCAUCUUGCAGAAGCCGGGCGGGCAGGCAGGUGGGCGGGUGGCUGGGGCCCAGCUGAGGCUGGGAACUCGGGGAGUCUGGCCCGGGCAGGAGGGCGGGGGCGGGAGUCACGCGGUCUCUCUGUGCGCCCUUCCCUCAAAACUCUCCUUUUGUGAAAUGCUGCUACCAGUUUACUAACAAAAUUGCGAAGGAAGGACCGCGCGGAAGGAAGGACAGCAAAGUGAGUUCAGAACUCUAUAGCAAACCAGCUAUAAAAAGCGUUAGUCCCUCACCCCUGAAGAGGUGCGGACACUUUCCAGCACCUGAAAGCUGGGACCUCAGUUGCAGGCAGGCACAGAAAACCUGUGGGAGAGGUUACCUUUAACACAGCAACAGAAGCACGCAUCUCAUCUCUCUUACAUUUCCUGUUCUUUAAUUUGGCCCUGAGUGUCUGUGAGACAGUGGGCCAUGCCGCGGCCUCUGUUUGCCCCUACCCAGCCACUGUCAGGCCAGUGUUGUCCAUCGUGUGCCAGAAGCUCCUCAGCUAUGGUGAGCCACUGGCAUUGGGCGGGCAGGCCAGCUGGCCAACCAGUGUGACCCCAACUCCAUGGGCAGCCACCUGGUUUCAGUUAUAACCCAGUUUUUACAGAAAUGCUGCAGAAAUUUAAGUUUUCUUGGGUUUAACUCCUCCUCUUCCAUCAGAACAUCAGACAAAAAAACCUUUCCUUUCUUCCCCCCUUUCCUUUUUUCCCUUCCUGUACACAUCUAGAAAACUUCACCUUUCUAGAGUCCCCCCUAAACAACACAAAAGUUACUGUGGGUGCUACUGGUUUUAUGCUGUACUGUGGGGCGAGAGGGCAGACCUGUCUGUACGCUGGAAACACUCAUAACCAUUCCUUUAGAUUCGUUUGCCUUAUGGUUAUUUGUCAUAAACGCGAUUUGCAAAAACAAGGAGCCUUAGUGAAUGUACAGAACCUAGACUUCUGUGUUCUCAGGACGCAGAAGGGAGCAACUUUGCUAUUUGGUCCAGUAAGUGGACACCUUGUGAUAUAAAUGUGGAAAUAAAAAAAAAAACAUUUGCACAAACCA